AUGGCUGGAGGUGUAUCACCUAACCUGAAGCACCAUACCGGGUACACAGAAACAUACAGACAAUCGAGAUGGCUGCCGCAGCCCCGAUUCCCAUGGCCAGACUAUUUGGACUCCGGCGAGGCUACUAAUGGAAACAAAGCGAACGGAAUCACUAGCCUGCGAUUAGUUCUCAAUGCCACUGGGGAUACCUCGUUGUACACGCCGGGGCCAACCAACACCCUUCGAGCAUGGGAACUCAUCAAUCUCACCCGGGUUCGGAAUCUUGAAAUUGGUUAUGGUGGCAGUUCCGUGGUGAUACAGAAACUCACUAUCAUGGCCCGCGAAGGCGCCUUCCAAAGCCUUGCUUCAUUCUCCUACGGUCCAUUUCCCAAGAUGGACGGAACGGACCUCGAUUUGACGUUGAGCCUAUUUCUUGAAGGAAUCCCUGCUCUCAAAAGGCUCAGUCUUUCUGGGCCAGUACACAGUAAUGGUCGCACCUUUACUACCAUUCUAUAUCACCAUGGUUCUGCGCUCCAGAAUCUUCGAUUAGACUGCGGGCGCCACCAGCCCGGUCUUUCAAGCGCUGAAUGGAUUCGCAAGCUUGGUCUGUUGUCAGAGCACUGCCCCAAUAUUCAGAUACUUAGCCUUGGCAUAGCAAGGAAUCAAGGCGACUCAUCCGAGGUUGCUGUAUACCGAGCACUGAGCUGGCUGCGACGACUGAAGCAUCUUAGACUCUUCUUAGACUUUUCCGAAUUCCAUCCACGACGCCUAGAAGCCUCAAGAGACGGCGGUGGAGUUGAUGAUGACGAAGUGAGCCUUGUCAGAAGCCCGUUUGUUGAUCUAGCUACAACUCGCGCAUGUCUCAUCAACAGUGCCAUUGACUCGCGACUGGCAUUAUCCAUUUUCAAUAUCGUGGGCGACAGAACCUCAAAUCUUCAAUCGCUGCAUCUAUCCGUCCGUGGAGACUGGAUCUGGACCGAGCGGUGUGAAAGCAAUGGAUCGGGCGAUAUAUCCAUCGUGACAUUUGCGACGACUCGAGCAGGACCUACGUUUCAGCAAGACCAGGACAUGAAAGUGUUGUUGAAAUACGUCGCCAAUCCAUGGAUUGUCACAAGGGGCUACCAGAGUUCUGCUAUCGCAAAGCAGGACAGGUUUCUGAAUGAAGACAGGGCUCUCGAGCUAUCCAGAGGCGCAGCAAGACUGCGUGCGGACUUUUCGGGACGGGAGGACCUGAAAAGAAUUUGGACGAGCGUCUGGCCGUCGAAACCGGAAGAGCCUGGGGAUUAUCGCAAGGCAUGGUGGAGCUACCCCCUCGCUGGAGUUGAUGAAACAGCAUGCCAUGGAUAG